AUGCAAGAGGCCAGGGAGCUGGCUAACGACCCGUGUACGGACUACUCUGCGGCGCCACUGGAGGAGUGGCAUUGCACGCUGCGCGGUCCGGCUGGGACAGAGUUCGAGGGCGGGGUCUACCACUUCCGCAUCCUCCUGCCUGCGGAGUACCCCUUCCGCCCGCCGUCGAUCAUGAUGCUCACGCCCAACGGGCGGUUGAUUGUUAUCACAGCCAUUGUUGGUCUACAAGGCUUCUUCCCGCUCAAAGGCACCUCAGCGGUCGGCGUUGGAGCACUCGAGUACCCAGUCGCGGAGCGCAAGCGUCUAGCGGCUCUUUCUCGAGAGUGGGUAUGCCCUAACUGCAACUGCUCGAACCUGGCGCUGUUACCAGACCCUUCGUCCGACGCCGGCCGUGCUGGACCGUCCGUCACAGAAGCGCCAGCGGCGUCGCCCGUCCCACCCACGCCCGCCACGCCUGCUGUAAUCACAGACGUCAAGCAGAAGGCAUCUGCCGACGAGCCGCCGCCCGCGCGACCCGCCCCCAUCGAUCCUUACCACCCCAUCGACACCCCUCCUACCCCUCGGUCCGUCUCGCCGCACCCUGGCGGCGGCGCUUCAUCAGCACAACCGCAGCAGGCUAGCGGGCCCAAGCGCGACGGCGUUGCCCAGAGCUCCUCCACUCGCCCGCCUGUCUUAUUGGACACCGCCAUCUGCGUCUUACUCGUUCUCCUCUUUGCGCUGAUCGCGAAGAGGGUCUUCUGAGCAUCGAGCAUCGCUCCUUAAUAUUUCGCCACUCGUCAUCUCCUCGCCGCUAUGGGACAGUCAGUAUUAGCAUUGUGGGGCCCAGCUAUCCUGGGACGCCUCUGUAUAACAUCUCUAGUGUAUCAUAUCGGGAUAUAUAUGGAUCUUGUCGUUCGCAUUUCACCUUGGAAUUUAGUAUCCUCGUGGAGUCGGCAUCGUACGUUGAGUGGUCACCGUGCUGACUUGACGCGCGCGUACUCACACAUCAAGUGACAAUCCACCAUAAUAACAACACCAUCUUUAACAAGAACACAAGUCGCAUUCGACCCGUAUACACUACGGAAACAGAAGGAGCAAAAGGAACAGCACACCGAGCGUCGGAAUGAAAGGCUACCGUUUCUUCGCAUCUCUGAGGCUCAGAACAAUGAGGUCCUCAUCCUCAAUGUUGUGGCUCGCGAUAGUGUUCUGGUUGGGCAACAUCCGCCCAGCGUAAG